ACAUUGUACAGGAAGUACUGCUGGAGCCGCUUCCGGGGCGGCUGGAGUGACGGGACGACGUCCCGUCCUCUGAGUCCUCGGUCCUGAGAGGGUUUCCUUCUGGUGCCUCGGUUUCAAAAGCCGCCGCGAUCCGUUUCUUUCUUUUUUAAAAAAAAAUAAAAAAGGCCCGAGAAGGCGGCAAAUGGGCUUCCUGAAAGGCGCCGUUGUUUUGGGUUCGCGCUGGGCCUUCCCGAGGGCGCCCGUCGUUCCUGGACGGAGCUGGGAGACGAGCAGCACGUGGCUGGGAUGAGUAGGUGAGCAGCACAAUGACUGAAAAAUCAUCUGGGAAUAUGCAGGGGGGCAUCACCCCCAUGCAGCAGAUGCUGGCAUCUGGAACUGGGGCCCUCUUCACCUCUCUUUUUGUCACACCCUUGGAUGUGGUGAAGAUCCGAUUGCAGGCUCAGAGGACACCUUUCUCUAAAGUGUUUUCAGUACAGUGUAUGCCCUGGAGCAUUCAGCAGCCCAAAUGGAAAUGCUUCCUUUACUGCAAUGGCCUCAUGGACCACCUAUAUGUGUGUCAGAAUGGAAACAGCUGCACGGCCUGGUAUAAGACGCCUACUCGCUUCACGGGCACUUUGGACGCUUUUGUGAAGAUAAUACGCUAUGAGGGCAUCCGAUCCUUAUGGAGCGGCCUUCCACCCACCCUGGUGAUGGCUGUCCCUGCCACUGUGAUCUACUUCACUAGCUACGAUCAACUACGGGACUUAUUGCGUGCCAAGUUGGACAGCCAAGCACGGUACAUCCCACUAGUGGCUGGAGCUGUUGCCAGAUUGGGUGCAGUGACAGUGAUCAGCCCAUUGGAACUCAUCCGAACAAAGAUGCAAUCCCGACAGUUGAGCUACCGGGAACUGCGUGUCUGCAUCCAGUCUGCUGUGGCCCAGGACGGAUGGUUCUCUCUCUGGAGGGGCUGGGGGCCCACAGUUCUGCGGGACGUUCCCUUCUCAGCUCUGUACUGGUAUAACUAUGAACUGGUGAAGGACUGGUUGUGCACCCGAUUCUGUCUUACCGAGGCCACCUUCAUGGUCAGCUUUGCAGCUGGUGCCAUUUCUGGCACGGUGGCUGCUAUCCUGACACUGCCCUUUGACGUGGUGAAGACCCAGCGACAAAUUCAGCUGGGAGACAUGGAGACACUCCAAGUUGCUACUCCCAGGUCCUCCUCCACCUGGCUGCUUAUGCAGAAGAUUCGAGCAGAAUCUGGCACCCGAGGACUCUUUGCAGGUUUCCUGCCUCGGGUGAUCAAGGUGGCCCCUGCCUGCGCCAUCAUGAUCAGCACAUACGAAUUUGGCAAGGCCUUCUUCCAGAAAAUGAACCAGGAACGGCAGCUUGACAACGUAUGAAGGCUAUGGAAAGAUCCUCCAUUUUUCAGACGGACCAAAGCCACAUUGGUGGCAGGGAGAAGGGACAUAUUUCAGAAGAGUGAAAGAGGAAAAACAAAGUUUGUGAAAUCGUGGUCUGAGUAAGGUGGAUCCAGUCGUGGUCACUGUCAGUUAAGGGUUGAGAAGACCAUACCUAGGAAACAUUUUGUUCUCUUUUCUUGUAGGACGUGUCUGUCAGACAAAUCCCAGGUGCCUUCCAGCUCGCUUCUACCCUUCUCCUUUCCCUUUUGCUGGGGAGCAGUUCAGUGAUUUGAAUCUCUUAGCUGCUGCACUCCUUGCCCCCUUCCUCCCCACCCUAGAACCAUUGUUACAUUUUGCUGUUGGGAUGCUGUCAUGUUUGGACCUUUUUACGCCUUUCAUCUGAAGAGCAGAACAUUCUCUUUAGCCUUGCCCAGAAUCGAGAGAAUCUCUAGCUACAACUGGCUGCCUGUUAGGUCCCAAACAGAACGUGACUUUAUUUACUUUAAACCAGAAAGGGACGAAAGGAAAAAGAGGAAGAAGCAGGCUAGCCAUGGCAUUCCAAAAGGAGGUGGUUGUUUUUUUUUAAAAAAAAAGGUUUUUGCUGCAUGCAAUCUGUGUGCGUGUGGCCCUCCAAAAGGCUUCAAGCUGCUGUAGACGGAAACAGACAGGCAACUCCAUCCCUGCCUUAAGUGUCUGUAGGUCUGCAUGCCUUCUGCUCCACCACACGAUCCUUUCUGCGCAUGAUGGAUAUGCUGGCUCACGCUGCAGCCAAACACUGGACAUUGGGGGUCCCAGAAAACAAAACACUGGCUUGGACACUCAGGAUUCUCCCACCUCUUCCCUUGACACUUCUAUGGGCGGCAAGUCUUCAUGCCCUAGAUAAUGAGUAGCGCGGGCACAAAGGAAUUAAACGUCGUGUUCUCCCCUUGCAGUCUUCCAUAGCACCUGCUCUGUUAAAAGGGGGGCUGAAAUCUCAGCCAGGCCAAAAGUUUGUUUUGAUGCCAGAGACUUGAAAGUGGCACCCUUUAGCAGCUGCUAGGCUUCCCCCUAUCUGUGCUGUUAACUUAUGUGCCUGUUGCUUACAUUCUUGUGGAAAGGUUCAGGAGGCUUUUUCUUAAAUAAAGUCACAUUUUAAACAAAGAAACAAAAAAUUCUAGCAGAGGCCACCAGGA